CAGCAAUAUCUGUCCAGUAGUCAGUCUUAAAACCUACCCCAUACUAUGCAGACAGUUUCAUGCAUUAUCACUACAAAAACAGUUCUCUGAAUAUCAAAUGAAAGUAUGUACGAGUAUACACACUGGUACAAGUACUUGUAAUAAAAGAGUAGACAGGUCAAAAGUACCGACACUGAAUGAGGAAGAUUUGGAAGAAAGCUUUGUUCGAGGAAGUGGUCCUGGGGGACAGAGUGUCAACAAGACUGCAAGUGCUUGUAUGCUAAAGCAUAUUCCAACAGGUAUUAUUGUUAAAUGUCAUGAAGACAGAAGUUUGCAUAAAAAUCGUACUACAGCUCGUAAGAUGAUGAUUGAAAAACUGGAUCAGCUUUAUAACGGCGAAAUGAGUGUUGCUGCUCAGCUGAUGAGAAUACGUGAUGAAAAGCAAACAAAAGCUCAACAAAAAGCAAAGAAAAAGCAGAUGAUGAAAAAGGCAUGGAAAGAGCGAGAAGGAUUGAAUGAGAAUUAAAAGUUGCACACAGAAAAAGAUUUUCAGGAAAGGUAUGAGCCAGUAUAAUGAACUUUAGAGAUGUAAUGUAAAUUAAAAGAAAAUAUAAAUGAUAAUGAAUGUGUACUCGCAGGAUUUUUUAUAAUAAAUUAUCAAUACAAAGGAUUUUUUUUUUUUUUUUUUUUUUUUUUUUUUUUUUUUUUUUUUUUUUUUUGCUACAACCCUUAAAAUCUGUAUGUAUCUGUACAUGUUCAACAUGUUAGUAUGGAUUCUAAAAAGCUAAUAUUGCUUUUUGUUAUACCAAAGUGGAAACAUUUAUUAUAUCAAAAUAUUAAAAAAAUAAAAAUAUUAAUGUUAUUAUUUCUCCCCAAAUUAGCUGGUCAUACAACAAAAAUAGCAGUCGCCAUAUUUAAGAAUUAGUACUUAAGCAACACUGAAAGGCUGCCUCACAUAUUAAAUCAAUGAC